AUGAAGGGGUGCACCUGGGUAUUUGUGGCAACUUUACUUUGUCAGCAGUUUUGCCUCUUCAGAGUUACGGCAGCAAAGAGAGAGAGAAAGAUGAAGAAAGAACCUAAUCAGUAUACAGAGCCUUUCAAUGCUACCCUCUCAAACAGCGAAGAACUGCAUGGGCAUCCCAAGAUCCUAGAAUCUCCAGAUCCUCGAAUCACAGAUCCACGGCGGACCUGGAUCUCCUUUGUUCACCGCCCAGAUGAUGGCAAUACCUCUAAAAGGAGAUGCAAAGGGAAAGACAAGAAACUACGUGGCCUUGUUGGGCCCCCAGGACCUCCUGGCCCCCAGGGACCUCCAGGAGCACCUGGUGCUGAAGUCACCCGGGAAGUCCUUCUGCAGGAGUUUAAGGAGAUAUUAAAAGAAGCCAUUGAGCGUCGAGCAUCCCUGGCUAUUUCAGCCCAUCCUAGCCAGCUGCCUCCACUCCUGCUCUCCCUGGAGGAAGUUUCACCACCCCACAGACGUGUAGAGGAGGCAUUCCAUUGCAAGCUAAAAGGACAAGUCAUUGUAGAUAAGAAGACCCUGGUAGAACUUCAGAACUUCCAGUCGCCUCUGGCCAAAGGAGCUUUUCUCCGGGGGACAGGAUUAAAUCUGGCAACAGGACGUUUCACAGCACCUGUGUCUGGCAUCUACCAGUUUUCAGCCAAUGUCCACAUUGACCACAGUGAGUUGAAGAGUAAAGUCCAACUCCGAGCCAGAGAUAAUGUCCGAGUGUUGAUCUGCAUUGAAUCUCUGUGCCACCGAUACACGUCUUUGGAAGUCAUCGCUGGUCUGGAAAGUAACAGCAAAAUCUUCACUGUCUAUGUACAUGGCUUACUGCAGCUGCAGGCUGGCCAGUACACCUCCAUAUUUGUGGACAACAGUGCUGGAGCUCCCAUCACCAUUCAGAAUGGAUCAGAUUUCAUGGGCAUGUUAAUGGGCGCGUAA